CGUGAAGGCGAGCAUCAUGACCGCAGGAGCACACCACAAGAGGGCAAACAUUUGCUACAACGAUCAACGAUCCCUUGUGUCCACAACUCCGCAUCCAUCCAUCCACCCCAGCCAGCCACCCGAUUAGCUAGCUCUUCUUGCCUCCGCCCACUCUGAUCUUGUCCUUCUGGUCAGAAAUCGCCUUGGCCAGCUGCUGUAUCUCUUUGGUAGACAUGCUCUCCCCCGUGUCGCCACUGGCCUCCCUCAUCUGCACCAGUGUGCCCGUGGGGUCAAAGGGCUCCUGAACACCACACAACACACGACCAAUAUGUGAUCGAUCUGGUUUCUCUCUCUCUCCUUCUCUCUCUCCCUCUCCCUCCGUGAGCCUACGAUGGCUUCAACGUGAUAAGUGAAGUUGAACUCCUCGCCAGGGGUGAACUUUUCUCUCAGCUCGUCGCGUCUUUCGGUGGUGGUGAGCUCGUCGGCGAGGGUGAGCAGCUCGAGGGCCUUGAAUUCCUGCUCGAAGAUGCCCGGCAGCUCCUUGACCAUCAUCUUGGGAAAAUCGUCCGCAAGGAAAGAUCCUGGGAAUGAGGUGAGCCGAGCGGACAGACAGGGAGGGAGAAGGGCAUGUGUGUGUGGGGGGGUCUCUCACUUACUGAUCAUGCUGCCGUAGUAUGGCGGCACCUGUCCCGCCCUGAAGCCCUUCUGCGGCUUGGUCUUGGACUCCUUGGCCGCCUGAUUCAUCAUCCUGUCGUAGCUCUUCUGUGUCAUCCGACCUGCACACACACACACACACACAGUGGCUGUGGUGUGGGGUGGUGGGAUGUGAAAUUCAGUGGGUGUGCUACCGCCUACCGGGGAAUUUGACGGUGGCCGCGAACCUGGUCUUCCGCUUCUUGCGGCUGGGAUACUCCUCGAGCACCUCCAGACGAACCAGGUCAAAGUCCUGACUGUCUUCCGCACAACACACACAACACACACAAGGGGGGAGAUCAGAUCUGCUAUGGUGUCCGUAUUGACUCGUUCGUCGUACGUGGAGACGAUGACGGCUCCCACAUCAGGGUUUUCGAGGAAGUCCUUAGCUCCGGGAUCGAUGCCCUCCAUGGCUGCUGUUGCUGUGGCGUUGCCUCCCACUGAUGGUGCUGGUGGUGCUGACGAUGGUGGUCCCUCUGCCGUCUUCUGCUGAGUGGUUGCCUGUGCCUUGGCGGACGCCAGCAGCUCGUUGGUCAGGUCGGCGGACAGAGGGGGAGGGGCUGAUGCAGACGCCGAUGGUGAUGAUGGGUCGAGGCUGACCUGCAGGUCGCUGUCAGCAUCUUUCGCUGCUCCUGCUGCUGCUGCUGCUGCUGAUGAUGAUUGCGAGGACGCUGUUUCACUCAUCAUCACCGUCGUUGUGGAUGUGGAGAGAGGGAUGGCCAUGGCCGUCUUUCUCCUGCAUCGAUGGCGGUUCAGCCGCCCGCCUGCUGCACACAGAGGGAGGGGGAGGGUGAAGGCAAGCUGUAGCUGUGGCUGUGGGAGGUCAGAGAGGAGCUCAGGGGCCCUCCUGAGUGAGGUGGCGACGGCUGACGACGUCCAGAUAAGGUGCAGGCAGGAGAGCGGCACGGCGGACAGCAGCCUCAUCACAACCAUGAGUGCAUCUACCCGGAUCUCCGAUAGAUCUUCAGAGAGAGAAGCAAACGACGCCAGAGAAUGGCUUCGUUGAGCUCGCCUGCCGCGAAGGCGCUGAAGAUCUCUGUCAGAGGCUGC